CCGUUUUCCAGUGCCAGGGUCCGCAUGGCUGUCCGAGAGCACCAGGUGGCCAGACCGCGGUCGCGACCUGCCAUGGCCCAGCGGAGGAAAAAGAAGGGACUUCGGAGGCGCCGGGGCGCGGCCUCCCAGGCCCUCAGCAGUGACUCGGAGGACGGCGAGUUUGAGAUCCAGGCGGAAGAUGACACCCGGGCUCAGAAGCUGGGACCUGGCCGACCCCUGCCCACCUUCCCCACCUCGGAGUGCACCUCGGACGUGGAGCCGGACACGCGGGAGAUGGUGCGGGCCCAGAACAAGAAGAAGAAGAAGUCAGGAGGCUUCCAGUCCAUGGGCCUGAGCUACCCGGUGUUCAAAGGCAUCAUGAAGAAGGGCUAUAAGGUGCCCACACCCAUCCAGAGGAAGACCAUCCCGGUGAUCCUGGAUGGCAGGGACGUGGUCGCCAUGGCCCGGACGGGCAGCGGCAAGACAGCCUGCUUCCUUAUCCCCAUGUUCGAGCGGCUCAAGACCCGCAGCGCUCAGACCGGGGCCCGAGCCCUCAUCCUCUCGCCCACCCGAGAGCUGGCCCUGCAGACCAUGAAGUUCACCAAGGAGCUGGGCAAGUUCACCGGCCUCAAGACUGCCCUGAUCCUGGGUGGGGAUAAAAUGGAGGACCAGUUUUCAGCCCUGCACGAAAACCCGGACAUAAUCAUUGCCACCCCUGGGCGCCUGAUGCAUGUGGCGGUGGAGAUGAACCUGAAGCUGCAGAGCGUGGAGUACGUGGUAUUUGACGAGGCCGACAGGCUCUUUGAAAUGGGGUUUGCGGAGCAGCUGCAGGAGAUCAUCGGCCGCCUCCCGGGGGGCCAGCAAACGGUCCUGUUCUCCGCCACGCUGCCAAAAAUGCUGGUGGAAUUUGCCCGGGCUGGCCUCACGGAGCCCGUACUCAUUCGGCUGGACGUGGACGCCAAACUCAACGAGCAGCUCAAGACCUCUUUCUUCCUGGUGCGGGAGGACACCAAGGCUGCCGUGCUCCUCUACCUGCUGCGCACUGUGGUGCGGCCCCAGGACCAGACGGUGGUGUUUGUGGCCACAAAGCACCACGCGGAGUACCUCAGUGAGCUGCUGACGGCCCAGCGGAUGAGCUGCGCCCACAUCUACAGCGCUCUGGACCAGACGGCCCGCAAGAUCAACCUCGCCAAGUUCGCCCACGGCAAGUGCUCCACGCUCAUCGUGACCGACCUGGCCGCCCGAGGCCUGGACAUCCCGCUGCUGGACAACGUCAUCAACUACAGCUUCCCAGCCAAGGGAAAGCUCUUCCUGCACCGUGUGGGUCGUGUGGCCCGGGCCGGCCGAAGUGGCACAGCCUACUCCUUGGUGGCCCCAGAUGAAGUCCCCUACCUGCUGGACCUGCACCUGUUCCUGGGCCGUGCCCUCUCCCUUGCCUGCCCCCAGGAGGAGCCCUCAGGCGCGGGCGGCGUGGAUGGCGUGCUGGGCCGGGUGCCGCAGAGCGUGGUGGACGAUGAGGACUGCAGCGUGCGGAGCACCCUGGAGGCGUCGCUGGAGCUGCGGGGCCUGGGCCGCGUGGCCGACAACGCCCAGCAGCAGUAUGUGCGCUCACGGCCGGCGCCCUCACCAGAGUCCAUCAAGCGGGCCAAGGAGCUGGACCUCACGGGGCUGGGCCUGCACCCCCUCUUCAGCUCGCGCUUCGAGGAAAAGGAGCUGCAGCGGCUGAGGCUGGUGGACAGCAUCCAGAAGUACCGCUCGCGGGCGACUAUCUUUGAAAUCAACGCCUCAAGCCGGGACUUCAGCAGCCAGGUGAUGCGUGCCAAGCGGCAGAAGGACAGCAAGGCCAUCGCCAGCUUCCAGCAGGGGCGGCAGAGGCGGCAGGAGGGCCUGCCUGGCCCAGCCCCAAGCUGCUCAGUGCCGAAGGAGGAGCAGCCUGAGGAGGAGGAGGCAGCGGCGGCCGCGGGAGAGAGCGUGGAGGACGUCUUCACGGAGGUCGUGGGCCGGAAACGGCCGCGGCCAGGACCUGACUGUGGAGCCAAGAGGCGGAGGGAGGAGGGCCGGCAGCGCGACCAGGACUUCUACGUCCCCUAUCGGCCCAAGGACUUCGACAGCGAACGCGGCCUGAGUGUCGGUGGGGACGGCGGCACCUUUGAGCAGCAGGUGGCUGGCGCGGUCCUGGACUUGAUGGGGGACGAGGCCCAGAACCUGACCAGGGGCCAGCAGCAGCUCAAGUGGGACCGGAAGAAGAAGCGGUUUGUGGGACAGACAGGACAGGAGAAGAAGAAGAUCAAGACAGAAAGUGGCCACUACAUCAGCAGCUCCUAUAAGCAGGACCUCUAUAAGAAGUGGAAGCAGAAACAGAAAAUCGACGACCGCGACUCGGAGGAGGAAGGGGCAUCAGACCGGCGAGGCCCAGAGCGAAGAGGUUGGAAGCGGGGCCGAGGCCAAGGUGCCUCCCAGCCCCGCACCCCAGGCACCCCCACAGGCCACGUGCGCUCAGAGCUCAAGACCAAGCAGCAGAUCCUGAAGCAGAGGCGCAAAGCCCAGAAGAUGCGCUUCCUGCAGCGUGGGGGCCUCAAGCAGCUCUCCGCCCGCAACCGGCGCCAUGCCCAGGAGCUGCAGCGGGGCGCCUUUGGCCGGGGCGCCCGCUCCAAGAAGGGCAAGAUGAGGAAGAGGAUGUAAAGAUGUCCCAGCCCUGCGGCCCCUCAGUUGGUCUGAGCGUGGAUAUCAGCAAACACUCCUGGGUGCCACUGUGUGCCUGGCCCUGUGCUGGGCAUCCAGGAGCUCCUGUGCAGCCAUCGUCCAUGAAAAGGGGUGCUGGCCACAGAGGGCGGCAGCUGCCUCUGCCUAAGAUGAGGACACUUGAACAGGGUCUUGAAGGGUGCAUAGGAGUUUGCCAGCAAGGCCAAGCAGGCCCAGACCUGAACUGGCAACUCAGCAGCUGCUGCUUCCACGUAUUCUGGGUUCAGAGGUGGCGGCCACAUGGGUCUGAGCCGUGACUGCGUAAGGCCCAGUGAUGUGUUUUUCAUGUAAUAAACCUUUAUUGAGCUACAGUUCACUCGAGCAGUUGGAAGGGACAGACCCAGCCACUAAAGUCCCAGCUAGUGUGCCGGGGGGUUGAGAGUGUGUGGGCAAAUCAGGGGUCCCCUGAGGGUGGGUUCUGUUGGUGUCCCCAUUUUGCAGAUGAGGAAGAUGAGGCUCGGGAUGAGCCAGCUGCCAGAAGUGGGAUAGCCCCAGAGCUGGCGGCCAUCCCCCUCCUCCUGCCAGGCCGGCCUCACAGCUGGGCGUGGAGAGCCCCAGGGAGAAGGACGUAGGGUCAGGGACAGAGGGCCCAGUGGCUCCUUGGCCUAUGAGGGGACCCGGGUGUCAGAACCUGGCCUGGCCUUGGCCCUGCUGCAUGGCCUGUGCUCCUCAGCCCCUGUGGGGUCCUGGGAAGGUCAAGGGCAUCGUCCGGCAGCUGGAUCAUCAAGCCUGUGGUUACCGAGCACAGUGGAGGCGCCCUUGUGAGCAGGUGUUCUGUGAACGGGUGUCUGUCUCUGAGACCCUCUUGCUGGUCCUGUUGAUUUCACUGGACUUACCAAACACUCGUCUAGAAUUUACCAGAAUUUGCACCAGGCCCCAUUGCAAGCACCUGACACACACCUGUUUCCUGCCCCCAGCCACCCUGGAGGGAGGCCCUGGCCCUGGGUAGACGUGGGGUGGGUGCCCCCACACAGCCCACGUGUUUUGAGUGCUUUCUGUGUGCCCCUCAUGGCCCACCACAAUCUGAGCGGACACGACUCUCCCAUCUUCAGAGGAGAGCCACUUGGCCCGCGCCCCGCAGCAAAUGUGCACCU